AUGAAAUCAAUCGUUGGGAAUGAGAAGAGUUCUUUGCAGAUAAACCUGCUCGAUGCUCGAGGUCGCGGUAAUUUUGAAGGCACUGUUCCCUCCACUCCCCCACCAGGCGUGAGAGGUACGCAUAUUCCUGGUUUCAAAAACUUCCCAGCAGCGGAGUUGGUCGAGGAGGGCCUAAUGCGAGACAACGACGAAAUCCGCAGCUGUGAGUUAAUUAAGUUCAAGCCUACAGGUGUAGCCAAAAAAUGCGGUAACAAGAUAAAGAAGUUUUCUCAUUUGAACGUAGUAAACUGGAAAAAGUCUUUCUUCACUGACAAUGAGUGGACUGCGCUUAGAAAGGAGCGAACUUCUUCGGAAAACGCGUUGCUCGGGUUGUGUAAAGCAUAA